AUGUCAUCUAAACGGAAGUCGCCACCGUCAAAAUUGCAAGAAGGUGCCGCCGAGAACGCCAAUACUGAAGCGGGACCCGCUACCCUGGAUUUCGCAGACCACCCCGAGUCUUCGGACGAGCAACACAGCUACUACAAACUUUCCCCAAGCUGCUCAACGAGGAGCUCGAUCAGCGAAGACGAACAGCCCAACGAAGACGAAAGACCAAGCAAAAAGCAACGUUUCGAAUCAUUAGAGAUGACCAACAAUCUAUUAGUCCCAUCGUCUUUUCUAAGUCUGCACCAAAUAAACGAUCUGCAGGCUCGGAGACGUGGCUCCUCAGAAUGCAGCAGUCCUGGUGCUGAGGCGAAGGUUUUGGGUCUUUGUAAUAACAAUAACUCAUUGCUGAAUCAUAACAGUGCAUUAUCUUUGGCGCAUCCUCAUAAGAGGUCCAUGGAUGACGUGCUCAAGAGGUUGACCUCGAAAAUGAACAACAGUACAAUUAAAGAAGAAAAGCGGCCGACUCCGUCUACCACGCCAGUUAAGCAGAACAACGAGCGACGAGGAGUUCUAGACGCGGCGGCGAUCCAAGCCCUUGCCGGAGAGAGUGUACUGGAGAAGGAGAGGCAGGUCUCCGAGCUGAUAUUGCAGCUGCAGAUGGUUAGAGAACAGCUGCUAGCCCAACAGGAACACGCCAAGAGCAUAGGCAACAUGUCGGCGGAGUUAGAGCUGCAGAGGCUACAGCAGGAACAGCUGCGAAGACAGGAGCUGGUCCGUCGUGGACAGCACGGCCUCUAUCCUGGACCGCCGCUGGCGUUGCUGCCUCUGUUGGAGCAGAUGAGGCCGCAGCAACCUCAACCACCGAACAUGCAGUCAGCUCCUUGGCCAGCCACAGCCCAGCUAGCGCAGCUCUCCGCCAGCGCCCGAUCCCCACCGCCCCAAGACCCUGAUGCGCCACUAAACCUCAGCAAGCAGCGUUCUCCGUCUCCCCAGCAACCCAUGAUGCUGUCGAGAUUCGUGCCCUACCCACCAAUGGAAGAGAAGUCUCCGUAUAUGCAGAAAGACGACGACUACAACAACGCUUGCAACACAUCCUCGUGGUCUCAGUCUCCAGCCGAAGAUGUAGAGAAGGCAAAAUUGGUACGUCAGCCUCGCCGCGACGAGACCGGAAAACCGCACAUAAAAAGACCCAUGAACGCGUUCAUGGUUUGGGCAAAGGACGAACGCAGGAAGAUCCUCAAAGCGUGCCCCGAUAUGCACAAUUCCAACAUAUCCAAGAUCCUGGGAGCCAGAUGGAAGGCCAUGUCGAACGCUGAGAAGCAACCGUAUUAUGAAGAACAGUCAAGACUAUCGAAACUUCACAUGGAAAAACAUCCCGAUUACAGAUAUCGACCAAGACCGAAAAGAACGUGCAUUGUUGACGGGAAGAAGAUGCGAAUAUCCGAAUACAAGAAUCUGAUGCGGACGCGCCGACAGGAGAUGCGGCAGUUGUGGUGUCGCGACGGGGGCAGCGAGCUGGGCUUCCUGCCGGGGCUCUCGUCUCCGGGCCCCUCGAACAGUUCCCCUCCCCCGAACGGGGGCAGCUACAUGAACCAGUCGUUCUCCCCCCCGCUGUCCCCCGGCGAGGAGGAUUGAGGGUCGGCGCGCGGCUGGCCCUACCCGCACGCCGCGCCGCACCUACUCCACGCACACCACCCCUGGUAAACCAUCGCGAAUUUAGACAAUUCGACUUUUGUCCGGAACGCUAAAACAUUGAUUUGGAAUAGGCAAUCGGACAAUAUCACAAAAACUCUAUAAACGAAAUGGAAACUGUUAUUUCAUAAACUAUCCUACUUAUAAACGCGUGACGUCAUACGUGGGUACAUAAACGAGGUCAUUUGUAGUGUUUCGAGAACGAUUAAAAAUAUUAGAAAAUGUAAUUUAAUCUUGUGAUUUAAUGUAACAUUAAAAUUAAUGUGUAUUCAUUUUAAUUAUUUCAGAUAAAUGUGUUGAUUAAUUAAUUAUCUGUAUGUAUCGUUGUAAAAUUACACAUUGAUUUUUGAAACCCCCCGAUUGCCUAUUGUAUUGAUAACGAUAUAGUAUUUGGCUAAUGAAUGUAGUAAUAAUCUAGAAAUAUUUAUUAUCAUCUUAGCUCCUCACGUGCGAUAUCAGCAGGCAAAUUAGAUACUAAAUUAACCUAUGUAAGUGUAAAGGUAUGGCUACAAGGAUCUUUACGUCAUUAUACGCUAUCCGUCACUGCUUUUGUAAAUAAACAUGAAAACUAUAGAAGUUUACUUAAUCAAACUAAUUGUUGAUAAACUAGUGUCUCGAAUC